GCUGCAAAUGCAAGUGCAACUGCUAUACAUUGUACUCUGAAAUGAUAAGAGGUUCAAUUUGAAAGAACCUCGUGCCCUAAUUUUACACUGAAUUUGCAAUUUGGUAUUACAACCAAGACACAAAUUGAAUCGAGUCAGAUUACUGUGGAAUACAAAGAUGAUGAAAGAAAAUUACCAGUUUCAAGAAUGAAAGAUGGUAGCUAUUGAAUUCUGUUAUGUUUUAGCAAAGAUUUGAAUUAGACUAUUUGUAUUGCAUAUUUCUGUAUAUUAAAUUUUCGGCUGCUUGCACUUUGCUGAUGUGAAGGAAGUCUCUGAUAUGGAUUUUUAGCAUGCACUUGUCUUCUGAAGAAUCUUUGUAUUUUAUUCAAGUUCUUUGUGUCUAUCUUUCUUUUUCUGUAAUGUCAAGUGAAUUACUUACACGCGAGAACGGUAAUUUCCAUUUUCCUAUGGUUCCAUUUAUCUUUGUAUCCCACAUAAUUUGAUUUGAGAUGUUUCAGUUGUGAUUACAUCUGUUAUCAUUCUCUGCAUAUGCUGGUAAUGUAUGUUUAUCAUCUCCAGGAGUGAAGACUCUUCAUGUUGUUUGCAACUAGAAUGAUGUCUUCCGGUUGUGUGACAAUUGCCAAAUUUAAAUCUCGUGAUUAUAACUGUUCAAGAGUUGAUUUUGAUGCUUUCUUUUACAAGACCACGAUUGGCCAGAAGCAAUGCUCUCCAUGCUUUAGGAUUGCUCAACAUUGUUUAAUUGUUAAUUUCAAGAGGAUGACUUGGUCAGUAAGAAACAGCUUAAAUGACAGCAGUUUUAGUUCUUCCACUUCAAAUGGCAGUAAUGGAAGGACCCGCAUAAUUAGAGUGAUUCAAGAGUUUCAGAGUAAGUUAGGUUCUAAAAUUCAGGAGGUAAAGAAAAAUCUUCCCAUGAAGCUGCUUUUCUUCUUGGUUGGAUUUUAUUGUGCAACUGCCUUUGCCACUGUUAUUGGACAAACUGGUGACUGGGAUAUUCUAUCUGCUGCCUUGGCUGUGGCUGUUGUGGAAGUCAUUGGGGCUCUCAUGUAUAGGGCUUCUCUUCCUUUAGUUAGCAUGAAUAGAGGCCUUAUUUCCUUGUUUAAUUAUUGGAAGGCUGGCCUUACACUGGGACUUUUCUUAGAUUCCUUUAAAUAUUGAUUUGAUCGUAUUGCUGGAUGAGCAAUCUCUUCUAUGUGAAUUGAAAUUUCCCACUUUUCUUAUGAUGCUUGGCAUUUAUAAUGCACAUGACUCAUUGCCAUUGCAGUAAUCUGUCCCCACUAUGUUUGAUAAAUACUGAAGUUACACUUAACUCGACGAAAGAUGGAUCUUUUUCAAUUCUACCGUUAAAAUCCCUGAAGUUCAGUGCACAUAUCCAGAAGAUAAGACAUUCAAGCUAUGAGAUGAAUCAUGCAUAUGACGAACAUAGCAAUGGUUGAGUUUUGACUGGAGCACAUUAAAGGGCAUUGAAACAUUCAACAACUUCACAUUUUCAAUUAACUCUACAUCGGCUUUGGUUCAACCAACUCCUGGAACAUUAUUUCACUCCUUCUGUCCCUUACUUCAAUGUUUCAUCCUAUAAUCCGUGUUGGCAUCAGUUCCUUGAUAGUAGUGGGAUUGCUGGUAUUCAUUUUGCAGGGGCAUUCAUACAAAUUGGAACAUGUGAGAUGAUGGUAUACAAUGAUGUGGAACUUUGGAUCUUUUUGCAAGAAAUCCAGCACUGUUUUACAUGUCCAACACGGAAUAUGUGUCUUUUCCAUACAGAGGAAACUUGAUUGCCUCGUGAAUGGUGAUGCAAAAAUUGAGUUUGGUACAAAUAAUGCAAACUGUCUCAGAUAUAGUUUUUGUAAUGUGAUUGUGGAUCAUCAUUUCUACACGAACUACAAAAUACUUGAAAAUUGCGCCAUGUUGAUGUCUACCAAGCUCCACCAUGAACUGCAAACUGUGCCAUUUGUUGAAUUGAUUUGUUUUUCUUUAUUAGUA